AUGAUCUUCAUUGGCUUUGGUUUCCUCAUGACGUUCCUGCAACGUUACGGCUUUAGCAGUGUGGGCUUCAACUUCCUCAUUGCGGCCUUCGCUCUGCAGUGGGCCACUCUCAUGCAGGGCUUUGUCCACGGCAUGCACGGGGGCAAGAUCCACAUCGGAAUAGAGAAGUACGGCUCAUGCACACACUAACCUACAUUUCAUACUAAAAUAAACACAACACACCAGCAGAUACAUGUGAUGUGUAUACAUGUCAUAUCAUACGGGUGUAAGUGUAUACUGUAGUGUAUCCCAUAAUAAACCCUAUCAUUAAGAGUGUUUCUCCCUCCUGCAGUAUGAUCAACGCUGACUUCUGCACGGGCUCAGUGCUUAUCUCGUUCGGGGCGGUCCUGGGGAAGACCAGUCCAGUCCAGCUGCUGGUCAUGUCUGUGAUUGAAGUCACCCUGUUCGCAAUCAAUGAGUUCAUUGUGCUUUCUGUUCUGGGGGUGAGUGUGUGUGUGUCUUUAGGUGUACCAUUAAACGUACAAUUCAUGUCUUGCAGCCUUAAGGCUUAUAUGUGUGUAUACAAACCUACACUAAAACUGUUUUUUUUACGUACUAUUAUGCUUACUCUCCUAUUAGGCUUUCUCAUCACUCUUGCAUAAUAUACUUUUAGACUAAGCUUUUUACACCCCUUAAAUUAGAUCAUGUUCACCUUUAGGCCAAGGAUGCUGGUGGCUCCAUGACCAUCCUGUCACGAUCGCCAAUGAAGUAUGACCAAAGCGCAGCGUUGGGAGUGAACAUGAUGAUUUUAAUUUUGAAACACACGACAAAACAAAACACGAUCCGUGACGUCCUCAGUUACACCGACUGAAAAAAGAACAAAAACCCACAACCACAAGGUGAACACAGACAUUUAAAUAUGGCUCCCAAUCAGAGAUAACGAGCCGACAGCUGACACUCGUUACCUCCGAUUGGGAGUCACUGACCAAACAUAGAACGCGAACACCUAGACACUACCCACAGUACACAACACACGGAAAUCUACACACCCUGACUAAACACAAAAAGUCCUAGAACCAGAGUGUGACAGUACCCCCCCCCAAAGGCGCGGACUGCGACCGCGCCUAACUACAAGCAAACAGGGGAGGGCUGGGUGGGCAUUCCUCCUCGGCGGCGGCUCCGGCUCCGGGCUUCCUCCCCACUUCCUCUCCAACCCCCCAAAGUACCCCUGGUCCUGCCUAGCCCCGCUGGCCGGAACCGGACUGACGACACGCGCCCCUGGCUUGGUGCGUGGAUCCUGGCUGGACGGCUCUGGCGGAUCCCGGCUGGACGGCUCUGGCGGAUCCCGGCUGGACGGCUCUGGCGGAUCCCGGCUGGACGGCUCUGGCGGAUCCCGGCUGGACGGCUCUGGCGGAUCCUGGCUGGGCGGCUCUGGCGGAUCCUGGCUGGAAGGCUCUGGCGGAUCCCGGCUGGAAGGCUCUGGCGGAUCCCGGCUGGACGGCUCUGGCGGAUCCCGGCUGGACGGCUCUGGCGGAUCCCGGCUGGACGGCUCUGGCGGAUCCUGGCUGGACGGCUCAUGGCUGGCUGACGGAUCUGGCUGCUCAUGGCUGGCGGAAGGAUCUGGCUGCUCAUGGCUGGCGGAAGGCUCUGGCUGAUCCUGUCUGGCGGAAGGCUCUGGCUGAUCCUGUCUGGCGGAAGGCUCUAGCGGCUCUGGUCUGGCGGACAGCUCUGAUGGCUCAUGGCAGACGGGCGGCUUUGCAGGCUUUAGGCAGACGGGCAGUUCAGGCCCCGUUGGGCAGACGGCAGACUCUGGCCGUCUGAGGCGCACCGUAGACUUAGUGCGGGUGGCCGGAACAGGCCGGACCGGGCUGGCGACGCGCACCGUAGUCUUGGUGCGGGUGGCAGGAACAGGCCGGGUCGGGCUGGCGACGCGCACCGUAGUCUUGGUGCGGGUGGCAGGAACAGGCCGGGUCGGGCUGGCGACGCGCACCGUAGACUUGGUGCGGGUGGCAGGAACAGGCCGGGUCGGGCUGGCGACGCGCACCGUAGUCUUGGUGCGGGUGGCAGGAACAGGCCGGGUCGGGCUGGCGACGCGCACCGUAGUCUUGGUGCGGGUGGCAGGAACAGUCCGGACCGGGCUGGCGACGCACACCGUAGACCUGGUGCGGGUGGCAGGAACAGGCCGGACCGGGCUGUGGAGACGGAUAGGAGGCCUGGAGCGAACAGCGGACACCACCCGUCCUGGCUGAAUGCCUACCCUCACACACUCUGUGUGAGGCAUCAGCACAGGACGUACAGGGCGGUGUACCCCUGGCCUGGUGGCCUCCUGGAUACUCCCCCUUUUCUCCUCCGUCAGCCCCGUCGUCCAUGCCGUGUGCCCCCCCCUAAAAAAUUUCUGGGGUUGACACACGACCCUCCGACGAUGGCCCUGCUGCCGCCGUUGCUCCUCUCUCGCCAGGGCCUUGAUCCUUCCCCAAGGUCCCUUGCCUCCGAGCAUGUCCUCCCAGGACCACGAUGUGCCCACCUGGGCCAUCGCCAGCCUCUCUAUCUCCUUGCCCGGUGCCUCCUCCCAUGUCCAGUCUCCCUGCUCCUGGACACGCUGCUUGGUCUUUCUUUGGUGGGUUUUUCUGUCACGAUCGCCAAUGAAGUAUGACCAAAGCGCAGCGUUGGGAGUGAACAUGAUGAUUUUAAUUUUGAAACACACGACAAAACAAAACACGAUCCGUGACGUCCUCAGUUACACCGACUGAAAAAAGAACAAAAACCCACAACCACAAGGUGAACACAGACAUUUAAAUAUGGCUCCCAAUCAGAGAUAACGAGCCGACAGCUGACACUCGUUACCUCCGAUUGGGAGUCACUGACCAAACAUAGAACGCGAACACCUAGACACUACCCACAGUACACAACACACGGAAAUCUACACACCCUGACUAAACACAAAAAGUCCUAGAACCAGAGUGUGACACAUCCACACCUUUGGAGCUUACUUUGGCCUGAUGGUGGCUCGUGUUCUCUACCGCCCCAACCUGGACAAGAGCAAACACAAGAACUGCUCUGUCUACCACUCUGACCUCUUUGCCAUGAUUGGUAAGAAUACCUCCUGCUCAUCGUAAGCAGGAAGCCCGUACAUUAGAUACAAAUAGCUACCAUCAACAAGUCGGACAACUUAACCUUCAUUUUCUGAAGACGCCAGUUAUGUUUUGACUAUGCAUGCCAAUGCCAAUGUAUGGGAAUCUGUGUCAUAAUUAAGAGUACAGUACAUCCACCUCCCCAGGAAAAAACCUUACCUGUAAGCUUGCUAAACUAAAGGACUAUAUUACAUACCUGUAUGCUAAUACUUAUUUUUAACUUUUGUUAUUGACCAAAUACUUAUUUUCCACCAUAAUUUGCAAAUAAAUUCAUAAAAAAUCCUACAAUGUGAUUUUCUGGAUUUUUUUUCUCUCAAUUUGUCUGUCAUAGUUGACGUGUACCUAUGAUGAAAAUUACAAGCCUCUCUCAUCUUUUUAAGUGGGAGAACUUGCACAAUUGGUGGCUGACUAAAUACUUUUUUCCCCCACUGUAUGUGUCCUUAAAAACAGCCUAUAACAAAUUACAAAAACACUAUUCCAUGUGUUUCGAUGUAUAGCAUAUGCAAAACUUUAUAGCCUAUAAAAAAUACAACAAAACGGCCUACUUUCAUAAAAUAAUAAUUGUCCACCUCACGGUUCAGAUUUGAGCACUAAUCUUAUCAGGGCAUUGUAUGCAAAGGCUUAGGUGUCCACUGUAUGAUAUUCAUAUUUUAAUAAAUAUAUAUAUACAAUCCAAUUUUAUUUGUCACAUGCGCCGAAUACAACAGGUGAAAUGCUUACUUACAAGCCCUUAACCAACAAUGCAUUUCAACAAACAGAGUUAAGAAAAUAUUUACUAAAUAAAGUAAAGUAAAAAAUUAAAUAAAAAGUAACACAAUAAAAUAACAAUAAUGAGGCUAUAUUUACAUUUACAUUUACGUCAUUUAGCAGACGCUCUUAUCCAGAGCGACUUACAGUUAGUAUACAGGGGGUACCGGUACCGAGUCAAUGUGUGGGGGUUCAGGUUAGUCGAGGUAAUUUGUACAUGUAGGUAGGGGUAAAGUGACUAUCAAUAGAUUAUAAACAGCAUGUAGCAGCGUGGGGUGGGGGUGGGGGGGGCAAUGUAAAUAGUCCGGGUGGCCAUUUGAUUAAUUGUUCAGCAGUCUUAUGGCUUGGGGGAAGAAGCUGUUAAGGAGCCUUUUGGACCUAGACUUGGUGCUCCAGUACCACUUGCCGUGUGGUAGCAGAGAGAACAUUCUAUGACUUGGGUGACUGGAGUCUUUGACAAUUUUUUGGGCCUUCAUCUGACACUGCAUAGUGUAUACAGUGGGGAGAACAAGUAUUUGAUACACUGCCGAUUUUGCAGGUUUUCCUACUUACAAAGCAUGUAGAGGUCUGUAAUUUUUAUCAUAGGUACACUUCAACUGUGAGAGACGGAAUCUAAAACAAAAAUCCAGAAACUUAAUAUUUGGUACAGAAACCUUUGUUUGCAAUUACAGAGAUCAUACGUUUCCUGUAGGUCUUGACCAGGUUUGCACACACUGCAGCAGGGAUUUUGGCCCACUCCUCCAUACAGACCUUCUCCAGAUUUACAUUUACAUUUUAGUCAUUUAGCAAACGCUCUUAUCCAGAGCGACUUACAGUUAGCACAUACAUUAUUUUAUCGAACCCACAACCCUGGCGUUGCAAAUGCCAUGCUCUACCAACUGAGCUACAUCCCCUGCCGGCCAUUCCCUCCCCUACCCUGGACGACGCUGGGCCAAUUGUGCGCCGCCCCAUGGGUCUCCCGGUCGCGGCCGGCUACGACAGAGCCUGGAUUCGAACCAGGAUCUCUAGUGGCACAGCUAGCACUGCGAUGCAGUGCCUUAGACCACUGCGCCACUCGAUCCUUCAGGUUUCGGGGCUGUCGCUGGGCAAUACGGACUUUCAGCUCCCUCCAAAGAUUUUCUAUUGGGUUCAGGUCUGAAGACUGGCUAGGCCACUCCAGGACCUUGAGAUGCGUCUUACGGAGCCACUCCUUCGAUGCCCUGGCUGUGUGUUUCGGGUCGUUGUCAUGCUGGAAGACCCAGUCACGACCCAUCUUCAAUGCUCUUACUGAGGGAAGGAGGUUGUUGGCCAAGAUCUCGCGAUACAUGGCCACAUCCAUCCUCCCCUCAAAAUUGUGCAGUCGUCCUGUCCCCUUUGCAGAAAAGCAUCCCCAAAGAAUGAUGUUUCCACCUCCAUGCUUCACGGUUUGGAUGGUGUUCUUGGGGUUGUACUCAUCCUUCUUCUUCCUCCAAACACGGCGAGUGGAGUUUAGACCAAAAAGCUAUAUUUUUGUCUCAUCAGACCACAUGACCUUCUCCCAUUCCUCCUCUGGAUCAUCCAGAUGGUCAUUGGCAAACUUCAGACGGGCCUGGACAUGCGCUGGCUUGAGCCGGGGGACCUUGCAUGCACUGCAGGAUUUUAAUCCAUGACGGCGUAGUGUGUUACUAAUGGUUUUCUUUGAGACUGUGGUCCCAGCUCUCUUCAGGUCAUUGACCAGGUCCUGCCGUAUAGUUCUGGGCUGAUCCCUCACCUUCCUCAUGAUCAUUGAUGCCCCACGAGGUGAGAUCUUGCAUGGAGCCCCAGACCGAGGGUGAUUGACCGUCAUCUUGAACUUCUUCCAUUUUCUAAUUAUUGCGCCAACAGUUGUUGCCUUCUCACCAAGCUGCUUGCCUAUUGUCCUGUAGCCCAUCCCAGCCUUGUGCAGGUCUACAAAUGUAUCCCUGGUGUCCUUACACAGCUCUCUGGUCUUGGCCAUUGUGGAGAGGUUGGAGUCUGUUUGAUUGAGUGUGUGGACAGGUGUCUUUUAUACAGGUAACGAGUUCAAACAGGUGCAGUUAAUACAGGUAAUGAGUGGAGAACAGGAGGGCUUCUUAAAGAAAAACUAACAGGUCUGUGAGAGCCGGAAUUCUUACUGGUUGGUAGGUGAUCAAAUACUUAUGUCAUGCAAUAAAAUGCAAAUGAUUUACUUAAACAUCAUACUAUGUGAUUUUCUUGAUUUUUGUUUUAGAUUCUGUCUCUCACAGUUGAAGUGUACCUAUGUAAGUAGGAAAACCUGCAAAAUCGGCAGUGUAUCAAAUACUUGUUCUCCCCACUGUAGGUCCUGGAUGGCAGGAAGCUUGGCCCCAGUGAUGUACUGGGCCGUACGCACUACCCUCUGUAGCGCCUUGCGGUCGGAUGCCGAGCAGUUGCCAUACCAGGUGGUGAUGCAACCGGUCAGGAUGCUCUCGAUGGUGCAGCUGUAUAACUUUUUGAGGAUCUGGGGACCCAUGCCAAAUAUUUUCAGUCUCCUAAGGGGAAAAUGUGUUGUCAUGCCCUCUUCACGACUGUCUUGGUGUGUUUGGACCAUGAUAGUUUGUUGGUGAUGUGGACACCAAGGAACUUGAAACUCUCAACCCGCUCCCCUACAGCCCCGUCAAUGUUAAUGGGGGCCUGUUCGGCCCUCCUUUUCCUGUAGUCCAUGAUCAGCUCCUUUGUCUUGCUCACAUUGAGGGAGAGGUUGUUGUCCUGGAACCACACUGCUGGGUCUCUGACCUCCUUCCUAUAGGCUGUCGGUGAUCCGGCCUACCACUGUUGUGUCAUCAGCAAACUUAAUGAUGGUGUUGGAGUCAUGCUUGGCCACGCAGUCGUGGGUGAACAGGGAGUACAGGAGGGGACUAAGCACGCACCCCUAAGGGGCCCCAGUGUUGAGGAUCAGUGUGGCAGAUGAGUUGCAUCCCAUUCCCAAGUUCUACUUUUCGAGCAUCCCUGUUUAUGAGUGUAGCCUAGUGUGUUCACUGCAAAGUGUCAAGAGGUCUGAACCUUUAAUGGCACAACUAGUGCUCUCACCAUGUUAAUGCAUCGUUGCUAGUUCAACCCUUAGGCCUGAAGAUUAUGAUCGAUAAUGUCAAAAGCUGCACUGAAGUCUAACAAAACAGCUCUCACAAUCUUCUUAUUAUCAAUUUAUUUGCGCCAAUCAUCAGUCAUUUGUGUGAGUGCCGUACAUGUUGAGUGCCCUUCGCUAUAAGCGUGCUGAAAGUCAGUUGGUCAUUUGUUUACUGUGAUAUAGCAUUGGAUCUGAUCAAACACAAUUUUUUUCAAAAGUUUACUAAGGGUUCGUAGCAGGCUGAUUGGUUGUUUGAACCAGUAAAGGGUGGUUUGCUAUUCUUGGGUAGCGGAAUUACUUUUGCUUCCCUCCAGGCCUGAGGACACACGGUUUCCUGUAGGCAACAAUACUUUUUUCACCUCUUUACAAUACUUGUCUUUCAUAAUUUGGUCAGUUAUGCAUGGAUGUGUAGGUUCAGAGUUUGUUGUUGGCAUGUCAUGCCUAAUUUUUCUAAUCUUGCCAAUGAAAAAAGUUAUUAAAGUAGUUGGCAAUAUCAGUGGGUUUUGUGAUAAAUGAGACAUCUGAUUAAAUGAAGGAUGGAGCUGAGUUCGGCGUUUUGCCCAAAAUCUCAUUUAAGGCAGUUCAAAAUGUUUUACUAUCAUCCUUUAUAUAAUGUAUCUUUGUUUCGUAGAACAGUUUCUUCUUCUUUUUGCUUACUUAGUCACAUCAUUUCUCAAUUUGUGAUAGUGUGAUUUGAAGGAGUCAGGCGCAGGAGGGUAAAUCACAGAAUACAGAGUUUAUUCCGUAGUACACAGUUACGCUGGAUAGCGUCAACAGUCCAGUGCGCAAAACAGGCACACAGGGAAAAUAUAACCCGGCAAUACAAAGUACAGGUAGCUACACUCAUCUCACAUGAAACAAUCACCCACAAGGACAAGGGGGCAGAGGGAACACUUAUACAUGUACUAAUGAGGGGAAUAUGAACCUGAUGUGUGUAAUUGACAAGACAAGACAAAUGGAAAUGGAGCGACAGUGGCUAGACGACGAACGCCGAAGCCUGCCCGAACAAGGAGGGGAGGCAGCUUCGGAGGAAGUCGUGACACCAUUUACAGUACAUUUGCCGAUCGGCUGUGCUGCCAGACUUAUUUUCCAUUCCUUUGCCUCAUCCUCUCAACCAUACCAUUUUUUAAUUCCUCUUCAAUCAAUUUUUUUCUUAAUGGGUGCAUGCUUAUUAGUAAAUGGAAUAAGCAAUUUCUUAAAUUCUGAUCUUGUCCACAUUCUGAUUGUGCCCACAUUUGUCGACAGGUGUAGACAAUCAAAAGACGCGUUGUUAUCUGAUUGUGAUUAGAUUUUCCUGACCACCUCCGGAGGUAGUCGAAGACGCAUCUUGUACGGAUAUCCUUAAAGUGUAAACGAAUCCUGACAAUGAAAGCAUAUACUUUUGGCUAACAUCAUGGUUGUCCCGCCCUCUAAAGAAAAAUCACUCCGGCCAGUUGAGGUAUAAUUAUGGACAAAGAUACCUCUACAAUUCCUCCUCUUCAUUAAAAAUCAACCUGGGCACACACUUGAACUAACUUGGAAUAGACGUUGAAUUUACGUCUGUGCUCAGUGGGAAAUGUCUACUUGCACUGUGGUCGGAUGCCACAGUCCGAUCGAAAUUAAAUCAAGCAUAUAGAAAUAAAGUUAUGUAGAUUUAGUCGUGAAUGAGGGAAAAACGGUUAUCCCGUUCCCAUGUCCAAUGCAGCGCAAAGGACUGUAAUAGCAGGAGUAGGAAUAUGAGAAAAAAAUGCCCAUUUUAUUCAGAGCUGGAUGGGGUAUUGGCUGACCAUCCCACCACCCGCCCCAUGCAUCCCCAAUACAUUUGUAGUUCAAUUUAAAUUCUGUAAUGCUAUAGCAGUCUAUCAACGCUCGAUGAGUGAAAGAGACUCUGUUAGUAAAUUAUCACUGAUCAAUGAUUUGGAGGAAACCAAACUAUGGUCGUUCUUCUCCCAGCAUGUCACAUUUAUUCCCCUUUGGUAGGCUACUGUUUAGGCCUAUACUGAAUAAGAAUCUGACCCCUGUUAUAUAAUGCAAUCCUGUAUAUAUCCUGCUAUUCUGUGAAUCUUUUAGCAUUUUCCUGAAAAAUCUCCAAAGAUGUCCAAACUGAUGCGUAAAGGCGCAGAGCUUUCUGUAAGUAUGGCACUGUCCAAUAUAAUGUACAAUCAGGCACAUGCACUGACAGAGCACUAGGGGUGCUGGAGCACCUGCCCUUUUGCCCUCCUAUGAAAAAAGUGCCCUUUGAUUGGUGGUGAGCGGUGAGUUUGAAAUUAAUACGGCCAGUAGUAGGUUACUUUGUAGUUGCUAGCAUGUGUUGUCUCAGGGACAGGGACAGGGAUGGAGGCAACUGCUGUUCGACUGUUUGUCAGUAACAUAACAAAUUCAAAUCAAGUAAAGACUAGCAUAGCCAAGCUAACUAGCUGAUUCAUCUCGCCUACAUUAGCGACAUUCAUGUUUCCGCUGCAUUCAUUUAGCUGUGACGCUUUUUUUUUUACAUCAUAGUAUUUCUACCAAACAUACUUUCAAUAAUCUGUCCGGAUACAACAUCGUUAUAAAGGUUAUUUAGCUCUGUCUAGGUACAACAACGUUCGAAAGGUUAUUUAACGCUUUGUGCCACUGUGGCAGCCAAACCUGCUUGCACAUGAAACACAGUCCUCCAGACAGCAUGCUAGUCACUGGUAUGGAAUACAUAUUAGGAACGUUGUCAUUCGUCCUCCUCAAUCCUCCCCCCUCCCUAGUCAAGUAUCAACCAGUGGCGCAGCACAGUUUCGCGAGGACCCUCCCCCCACCCCCAUCAGGUCCAAGAAAGACCUCUACAUAUUUUGCCAUGGGACAGAGAGAAGAAUUUGCAGUUUUAUAGCUAAUAUCAUGUUAUUCUACACAUUUUUGCCAUGAGGCUGAGAGAAAAUGUUGCAGUUAUAAAGCUAAUUGACUGUAAUUCUAAACAUUUUGCCAUGACUUAUGACGGGUUCAUAUGCUAUCUGGGCACCCCCCCCCCCCCCCCAAAAUUUUUUUUCCCUUUUAAAAAGUCACCAGAGCUGACCAGAGCUGUUCUACAAACGACUGCUACAAAAAUGUCCAGAAGAAACACUGAUUAGCGAUGACCACCCAUAGUGGUUCUAGCAAAGAUACUUAACUAACCUUUCAUCUUUGGUUCUAGCUUGCUCAGCAUACAAUGUGUGAUGAGUGAGUGUGUUUUUGAUGAAAUUGAAGGCCUAUGUUAAAACAAAUAAUGGAGAAUUUGGCUCCAGAAGCAGUAGAAAGGUGAGUGAUGGAAUUAAAGUGUGUGUGUGAGGAGGGGUGCCCUUUUUUUACUUUGAGCACCUGCCCCACCAAAGGUCUGUGCACGGCCCUGUGUACAAUCCAAAGGACUUCUUUUAGAUUUACACUUUAUUCCUCCAUAGUAUUUGCUUUACGUGCAUGCUCCUUUGUAGGCCUAUACAUGCCAGUUUCUUUAGAGAGCAUACAAUAUUUGCCUUUUCAAUCAUUAACGUUAUUAUGAAGACAACUAUGUAAACAUCCAUGCUUAAAGAUCAACCCUGUUCAGACCUGUUUGAAAAAAUGCAUUGCGUCAUUUGGAGAUGCGCUUUUUAGCCUACUCUGUAACUUAACCUGUUUCUGUUUCUACUAUGUGCAUAAGGCCCCUAAGUCUAAUUUGUAUUUAUACUGUGCAUUAAUUCUAUUUUGUACACACAUCCAGAUACUCCGUUUGUUUGUGUGGUGACUUUCUUAGGGAUGGGAGAGAUUCUCUGAAUAUUUAUUUGUACGGCUGUGGACAGGUCCAGGUUAUCGGGACGGUAGCCUAUUACACCUAGUCUUAAAUCGUUGGAUAACAAAAGUAGGCUGUAAUGAUGAGAGUAUAAACUAUUGAAUAUAAAAGUCUGCUGUUUUCUGUCGAUUUCUACAGCUUGUGUCAUAAGAGGAAGUUCAAGGCAGGUUGGAUUCAUUUGCAUAUAGGGAGGGACCAGAGAAUCUGGUCACAAUAUGGACGCAGUGGGCAGCUAGAGACAUUUUAUUACCAUGUGUAGACAAAACAAAUUUCGAUCGGAUCAUCUUGAUCGGAUGACGACAACCACAUGUUAAUGCAAGGUGUAACCACGGCUAGAGAUGUGCGGCUAUGCCAGAUGCCUGUGAGAUGCCAGGAGUCACUGUCAUUCCAGCACAUACACUCAGGCAUAGCGGGGACACUCACAUGGUGUCCAACAGUUUUUGUAAGCCAGAUGCAAGCCUGUCCCGUGCUGGUACAAACACUAUCUCUGUCAUCAUUUCCUUUGCUCUGAUAAGAGUCUCAAACUCUGUAACAUAUUUAAUCUAUUUAACAUAAACAUUAGACAUUGUGAAAUGCCAUAAUGCAGUUCCAAUAGGCCUAUGUAUUGGAAAAUAUCAAGACUGUUCCUUUUACCACAGAUUCCACCUCCAAUAAAAGUCCAUCUACAUUUGAAUAAUUACAUUUAUUAGCGUAGACACACAAUCCAAAGGAAUUAAUUACAUAUUAUACACACACACACACACCACUCAGUGUGUCAACCACCACUGCCCCCACAAGCAUCAACUGUAGAAUUCCAGCAGCUGCACUACCACAAAUAUGUGUAAAAGAGUUGUGCUAUGAAGUGUUCUAUUGUCACUCCAUCUGCAGGCUGGCUCCUGGGCCUCUCAGAUAAGACAAUCUGGCCAUCAGGCAGGGCUGAUGGGACAUGUGGGGGGGGGGGGGGGGGAGAUGCAAAGAAGGGACAUGCAUUAUAACAGAAUCGGCUACUGGAGCCUUGGCACCUGA